AAAUGCGUAUUUUAUUUUAAAUUUCUUUGCUCUUAAUGCAAAGGUUAUGGCAAGCAAGACAAAGAUUUAUAUCGUGAUCGAGUUUGUUGAUGGAGGCGAGCUUUUCGACAAAAUUGCCAAGCGUGGGAGACUCAAAGAGGAUGAAGCUAGAAGCUAUUUUCAUCAGCUUAUUAAUGCUGUUGAUUACUGCCACAGUAGAGGCGUCUACCAUAGAGAUUUGAAGCCUGAGAAUCUUCUUCUGGACUCGUAUGGUGUUCUUAAGAUUUCAGAUUUUGGAUUGAGUGCUUUCUCGCAGCAAGUUCGGGAAGAUGGGUUGCUUCACACGGCCUGUGGGACUCCAAAUUAUGUUGCUCCGGAGGUGCUCAAGGAUAAAGGUUAUGAUGGUACAUCAUCUGAUAUUUGGUCUUGUGGAGUUAUUCUCUUUGUACUUAUGGCUGGCUAUUUGCCUUUUGAUGAGCCAAAUCUUGCAGCCUUGUAUAAAAAAAUCUGGAUGGCUGAUUUUACCUGUCCAUCAUGGUUUUCAUCUGGUGCAAGGAAAUUGAUUAAGCGUAUUCUUGACCCAAACCCUCUUACACGAAUAACUAUUCCUGAAAUUCUACAAGAUGAAUGGUUCAAGAAAGGCUACAAGCCACCACAAUUUGAGCAGGAAGAGGAUGUAAAUCUUGAUGACAUAGAUGCGGUUUUUAAUGACUCAAAUGAGCACCUUGUAACAGAAAGGAAAGAGAAACCCGUAUCAAUGAAUGCUUUUGAGCUUAUCUCUAGGUCGCAAAGCUUCAGUCUCGACAAUUUGUUUGAGAAGCAGACGGGUCAUGUUAAGCGAGAAACCAGUUUUGCUUCCCAAUGUCCUCCAAAUGAAAUUAUCUCCAAAAUUGAGGAAGCUGCAAAGCCUCUGGGCUUUAAUGUUCACAAGAGAAACUACAAGAUGAAGUUGAAAGGCGACAAAAGUGGGAGAAAGGGCCAGCUUUCUGUAGCCACCGAGGUGUUUGAGGUGGCUCCCUCCUUGCACAUGGUGGAGCUCCGGAAAACUGGCGGUGACACCUUGGAGUUUCACAAGUUCUACAAAACUUUUUCAUCUGGAUUGAAAGAUAUAGUCUGGACAUCUGAAGAAAUUGCUGAAGGGCAAAGAUUAAUUAAGGGUGACACGAACAAUGAUGAGAACCACAAAAUGUAUGAACAAAGACAGGCCUCUGACCUUCGUUUAGAGGAAAAGCAGAGCUGGUUGAUUUCCAGACCACAAAUGGUCUAAAAGGGCAUCUCAGUUUCCAAAGUUAUAGCCCAAAGAGGUCCAUUCAGACAGAAAUUGCUUAAUUAAGUUCCUACAAUAAGUCAACAUCUGGCCAACUCCAUCGGUUUCUAAGUCCUUUAGGACAUCUAGUUAAAGCCCAAAAAGUACGUCACAUUGUUUCCCAUUGUCUCGAUUUACUUUUGUUUUCAAGUGGUCCAAAUUCAAAAAU